AAGUUCGUCACAAUGGUCCUCUGCGGGCUACGUAGCUGCGUCCUUGACUUCCAGGCGCUUUCCUCUUCCAAGUGGCGACUGCUGCGGGGCUGAGCGCUGGUCUCACGCGGCUCGGCAGCCAGGUUGGCGGCGCGAUGAAGCGCAGCAAGGCCGACGUGGAGCGGUACAUCGCCUGGGUGCAGGGCUCCGCCCCGUCGCCUAGAAAGAUGUCAAUGAAAGGAUUCUAUUUUGCAAAGCUGUAUUAUGAAGCUAAAGAAUAUGAUCUUGCUAAAAAAUACAUAUGUACUUACAUUAAUGGGCAAGAGAGGGAUCCCAAAGCUCAUAGAUUUCUGGGUCUUCUUUAUGAAUUAGAAGAAAACACAGACAAAGCCGUUGAAUGUUACAGGCGUUCAGUGGAAUUAAACCCAACACAAAAAGAUCUUGUGUUGAAGAUUGCAAAAUUGCUUUGUAAAAAUGAUGUUACUGAUGGAAGAGCAAAAUACUGGGUUGAAAGAGCAGCUAAACUUUUCCCAGGAAGUCCUGCAGUUUAUAAACUAAAGGAACAGCUUCUAGAUUGUGAAGGUGAAGAUGGAUGGAAUAAACUUUUUGACUUGAUUCAGUCAGAACUUUAUGUAAGACCUGAUGACGUCCAUGUGAAUAUCCGGCUAGUGGAGUUGUAUCGCUCAAAUAAAAGAUUGAAGGAUGCUGUGGCCCACUGCCAUGAGGCAGAGAGGAACACAGCUUUGCGUUCAAGUUUAGAAUGGAAUUCGUGUGUUGUACAGACCCUUAAGGAAUAUCUGGAGUCUUUACAGUGUUUGGAGUCUGAUAACAGUGACUGGCGAGCAACCAAUACAGACUUACUGCUGGCCUAUGCUAAUCUUAUGCUUCUUACGCUUUCCACUAGAGAUGUGCAGGAAAGUAGAGAAUUACUGGAAAGUUUUGGUAGUUCUCUUCAGUCUGUGAAAUCUUCUUUGGGUGGAAAUGAUGAACUGUCAGCUACUUUCUUAGAAAUGAAAGGACAUUUCUACAUGCAUGCUGGUUCUCUGCUUUUGAAGAUGGGUCAGCAUAGUAAUGUUCAAUGGCGAGCUCUUUCUGAGCUGGCUGCAUUGUGCUAUCUCAUAGCAUUUCAGGUUCCAAGACCAAAGAUUAAAUUAAUAAAAGGUGAAGCUGGACAAAAUCUGCUGGAAAUGAUGGCCUGUGACCGACUGAGCCAAUCAGGGCACAUGUUGCUAAACUUAAGUUGUGGCAAGCAAGAUUUUUUAAAAGAGGUUGUUGAAUCUUUUGCCAACAAAAGCGGGCAGUCUGCAUUAUAUGAUGCUCUGUUUUCUAGUCAGUCACCUAAGGAUACAUCUUUUCUUGGUAGCGAUGAUAUUGGAAACAUUGAUGUACAAGAACCAGAGCUUGAAGAUUUGGCUAGAUAUGAUGUUGGUGCUAUUCGAGCACAUAAUGGUAGUCUUCAGCACCUUACUUGGCUUGGCUUACAGUGGAAUUCAUUGCCUGCUUUACCUGGAAUCCGAAAAUGGCUAAAACAGCUUUUCCAUCGUUUGCCCCAGGAAACCUCAAGGCUUGAAACAAAUGCACCUGAAUCAAUAUGUAUUUUAGACCUUGAAGUAUUUCUCCUUGGAGUAGUAUAUACCAGCCACUUACAAUUGAAGGAGAAAUGUAAUUCUCACCACAGCUCCUAUCAGCCGUUAUGCCUGCCCCUUCCUGUGUGUAAACAGCUUUGUACAGAAAGACAAAAAUCUUGGUGGGAUGCGGUUUGUACUCUGAUUCACAGAAAAGCAGUACCUGGAAACUCAGCAAAAUUGAGACUUCUUGUUCAGCAUGAAAUAAACACUCUAAGAGCCCAGGAAAAACAUGGCCUUCAACCUGCUCUGCUUGUACAUUGGGCAAAAUGCCUUCAGAAAAUGGGCAGCGAUCUUAAUUCUUUUUAUGAUCAACGAGAAUACAUAGGGAGAAGUGUUCAUUAUUGGAAGAAAGUUUUGCCAUUGUUGAAGAUAAUAAAAAAGAAGAACAGUAUUCCUGAACCUAUUGAUCCUCUGUUUAAACAUUUUCAUAGUGUAGACAUUCAGGCAUCAGAAAUUGUUGAAUAUGAAGAAGAUGCACACAUAACUUUUGCUAUAUUGGAUGCAGUAAACGGAAAUAUAGAAGAUGCUAUGACUGCUUUUGAAUCUAUAAAAAGCAUUGUUUCUUAUUGGAAUCUCGCACUGAUUUUUCACAGGAAGGCAGAAGACAUUGAAAAUGAUGCCCUGUUUCCUGAAGAACAAGAAGAAUGCAAAAAUUAUCUGAGAAAGACCAGGGAUUACCUAAUAAAGAUUUUAGAUGACAGUGAUUCAAAUCUUUCAGUGGUCAAGAAAUUGCCUGUGCCCCUGGAGUCUGUAAAAGAGAUGCUUAAUUCAGUCAUGCAGGAACUCGAAGACUAUAGUGAAGGAGGUCCUCUUUAUAAAAAUGGUUCUUUGCGAAAUGUAGAUUCAGAAAUAAAACAUUCUACACCAUCUCCUACCAAAUAUUCACUAUCACCAAGUAAAAGUUACAAGUAUUCUCCCAAAACACCACCUCGAUGGGCAGAAGAUCAGAAUUCUUUACUGAAAAUGAUUUGCCAACAACUAAAGGCCAUUAAGAAAGAAAUGCAGGAGUUGAAACUAAAUAGCAGUAACUCAGCAUCCCUUCAUCGUUGGCCCACAGAGAAUUAUGGACCAGACUCAGUGCCUGGUGGAUAUCAGGGGUCACAGACAUUUCAUGGGGCUCCACUAACAGUUGCAACUACUGGCCCUUCAGUAUGUUAUAGUCAGUCACCAGCAUAUAAUUCCCGGUAUCUUCUCAGACCAGCAGCUAAUGUUACUCCCACAAAGGGCCCAGUCUAUGGCAUGAAUAGGCUUCCACCCCAACAGCAUAUUUAUGCCUAUCCGCAACAGAUGCACACACCGCCAGUGCAAAGCUCAUCUGCUUGUAUGUUCUCUCAGGAGAUGUAUGGUCCUCCUGCAUUGCAUUUUGAGUCUCCUGCAACAGGAAUUCUAUCGCCCAGGGGUGAUGAUUCCUUUAAUUACAAUGUUCAACAGACAAGCACAAAUCCACCUUUGCCAGAACCAGGAUAUUUCACAAAACCUCCAGUUGCAGCUCGUGCUUCAAGAUCUGCAGAAUCUAAGGCUAUAGAAUUUGGGAAAACUAAUUUUGUUCAGCCCAUGCCGGGUGAAGGAAUAAGGCCAUCUUUGCCAACACCAACACACACAACACAGCCAGCUCCUUUUAAAUUUAACUCAAAUUUCAAAUCAAAUGAUGGUGACUUCACGUUUUCCUCACCACAGGUUGUGACACAGCCCCCUCCUGCAGCUUACUGUAACAGUGAAAGCCUUUUAGGUCUCCUGACUUCAGAUAAACCCUUGCAAGGAGAUGGCUAUAGUGGACCCAAACCAAUUCCUGGUGGUCAAACCAUUGGGCCUCGAAAUACAUUCAAUUUUGGAAGCAAAAAUGUGUCUGGAAUUUCAUUUACAGAAAACAUGGGGUCGAGUCAGCAAAAGAAUUCUGGUUUUCGGCGAAGUGAUGAUAUGUUUACUUUCCAUGGUCCAGGGAAAUCAGUAUUUGGAACACCCACUUUAGAGACAGCAAACAAGAAUCAGGAGACAGAUGGAGGAAGUGCCCAUGGGGAUGAUGAUGAUGACGGUCCUCACUUUGAGCCUGUAGUACCUCUUCCGGAUAAGGUUGAAGUAAAAACUGGUGAGGAAGAUGAAGAAGAAUUCUUUUGCAACCGCGCGAAAUUGUUUCGUUUUGAUGUAGAAUCCAAAGGAUGGAAAGAACGUGGGAUUGGCAAUGUAAAAAUACUGAGGCAUAAAACAUCUGGUAAAAUUCGCCUUCUAAUGAGACGAGAGCAAGUAUUGAAAAUCUGUGCAAAUCAUUACAUCAGUCCAGAUAUGAAAUUGACACCAAAUGCUGGAUCAGACAGAUCUUUUGUAUGGCAUGCCCUUGAUUAUGCAGAUGAGUUGCUAAAACCAGAACAACUUGCUAUUAGGUUCAAAACUCCUGAGGAAGCAGCACUUUUUAAGUGCAAGUUUGAAGAAGCCCAGAGCAUUUUAAAAGCCCCAGGAACAAAUGUAGCCACAGCAUCAAAUCAGGCUGUCAGAAUUGUAAAAGAACCCACAAGUCAUGAUAACAAGAUAAGCAAGGCUCCAAAGAGGGGAUUUGAAGGACUGUUCAUCAGGAAAGGACAGUGGGACUGUAGUGUUUGCUGUGUACAAAAUGAGAGUUCUUUCUUAAAAUGUGUGGCUUGUGAUGCCUCUAAACCAACUUAUAAACCUAUUGCAGAAGCUCCUUCAGCUUUCACGUUGGGCUCAGAAAUGAAGUUGCAUGACUCUUCUGGAAGUCAGGUGGGAACAGGAUUUAAAAGUAAUUUCUCAGAAAAAGCUUUUAAGUUUGGCAAUACAGAGCAAGGAUUCAAAUUUGGGCAUGUGGAUCAAGAAAAUUCACCUUCAUGUAUGUUUCCGGGUUCUUCUAAUACAGAAUUUAAGUCAACCAAAGAAGGAUUUUCCAUCCCUGUGUCUGCUGAUGGAUUUAAGUUUGGCAUUUCGGAACCAGGAAAUCAAGAAAAGAAAAGUGAAAAGCCUCUUGGAAAUGAUACUGGCUUCCAGGCUCAGGAUAUUAGUAGCCAGAAGAAUGGUCGUGUUGUGAUUGUUGGCCAAACAACAAGUAGCACGCUUACAUUUGCAGAUCUUGCAAAAUCAACUUCCGGAGAAGGAUUUCAGUUUGGCAAAAAAGAGCCCAAUUUCAAGGGAUUUUCAGGUGCUGGAGAAAAAUUAUUCUCAUCACAAUGCGGUAAAAUGGCCAAUAAAGCAAACACUUCUGGUGAUUUUGAGAAAGAUGAUGAUGCCUAUAAGACUGAGGAGAGCGAUGACAUCCAUUUUGAACCAGUAGUUCAAAUGCCUGAAAAAGUAGAACUUGUAACAGGAGAAGAAGAUGAAAAAGUUCUGUAUUCACAGCGGGUAAAACUAUUUAGAUUUGAUGCUGAGAUAAGUCAGUGGAAAGAAAGGGGCUUGGGGAACUUAAAAAUUCUCAAAAAUGAGGUCAAUGGCAAACUAAGAAUGCUGAUGCGAAGAGAACAAGUACUAAAAGUGUGUGCUAAUCAUUGGAUAACGACUACAAUGAACCUGAAGCCUCUCUCUGGAUCAGAUAGAGCAUGGAUCUGGUUAGCCAUUGAUUUCUCUGGUGGUGAUGCCAAACUAGAGCAGUUGGCAGCAAAAUUUAAAACACCAGAGCUGGCUGAAGAAUUCAAGCAGAGAUUUGAGGAAUGCCAGCGGCUUCUGUUAGACGUACCACUUCAAACUCCCCAUAAGUUUGUAGAUACUGGCAGAGCUGCCAAGUUAAUACAGAGAGCUGAAGAAAUGAAGAGUGGACUGAAAGAUAUCAAAACAUUUUUGACAAAUGAUCAAACAAAAGUCACUGAGGAAGAGGAUAAGAGUUCAGAUACAGAUGCAGCCAGUGCCUCAGACACAACAAUAAAACCCAAUCCUGAAAACACUGGGCCCACAUUAGAAUGGGAUAACUACGAGUUAAGGGAAGAUGCUUUGGAUGAUAGUGUUAGUAGUAGCUCAGUACAUGCUUCUGCAUUGGCAGGUAGCCCUGUGAGAAAAAAUCUUUUCCACUCUGGUGAGUCAACAACAGGAUUUAACUUGAGUUUGAAAUCUGCUUUGAGUCCAUCUAAGUCUCCUGCCAAGUUGAAUCAGAGUGGGACUUCAGUUGGCACUGAUGAAGAAUCUGAUGUUACUCAAGAAGAAGAGAGAGAUGGACAGUACUUUGAACCUGUUGUUCCUUUACCUGAUCUAGUUGAAGUAUCCAGUGGUGAGGAAAAUGAACAAGUUGUUUUUAGUCACAGGGCAAAACUCUACAGAUAUGAUAAAGAUGUUGGUCAAUGGAAAGAAAGGGGCAUUGGUGAUAUAAAGAUUUUACAGAAUUAUGAUAAUAAGCAAGUUCGUAUAGUGAUGAGAAGUGACCAAGUAUUAAAACUUUGUGCCAAUCACAGAAUAACUCCAGACAUGACUUUGCAAAAUAUGAAAGGAACAGAAAGAGUAUGGGUGUGGACUGCAUGUGAUUUUGCAGAUGGAGAAAGAAAAGUCGAGCAUUUAGCUGUUUGUUUUAAACUACAGGAUGUUGCAGACUCGUUUAAGAAAAUUUUUGAGGGGGGAGGGGGGAGGGAUAGCAUUGGGAGAUAUACGUAAUGCUAGAUGACGAGCUGGUGGGUGCAGUGCACCAGCAUGGCGCAUGUAUACAUACGUAACUUACCUGCACAUUGCACACAUAUACCAUAAAAGCAAACGUAUAAUAAUUUUUUAAAAAAGGGUAAUUAAAUUAGAAUAAAUAAAAUAGGAAUAUGUUCUUUUUGGAAAGCUUAAAAAAAAAAAUUUUUUUUUUCAUGAAGCAAAAACAGCCUAGGAAAAAGAUUCUUUGAUAACACCUCAUGUUUCUCGGUCAAGCACUCCCAGAGAGUCACCAUGUGGCAAAAUUGCUGUAGCUGUAUUAGAAGAAACCACAAGAGAGAGGACAGAUGUUAUUCAGGGUGAUGAUGUAGCAGAUGCAACUUCAGAAGUUGAAGUGUCUAGCACAUCUGAAACAACAACAAAAGCAGUGGUUUCUCCUGGAUUUAGUUUUAAUGCACCUUUGAAAAGUAACAAUAGUGAAACUAGUUCAGUAUCCCAGAGUGGAUCUGAAAGCAAAGUGGAACCUAACAAAUGUGAACUGUCAAAGAACUCUGAUAUGGAACAGUCUUCAGAUAGCAAAGUCAAAAAUCUCUUUGCUUCCUUUCCAACGGAAGAAUCUUCAAUCAACUACACAUUUAAAACACCAGAAAAGGGUAAGUACUUUGUUGUUAAGUUAAGCACAGUUUUUCUUUCUUUUAAUGUUUAGCUUGAUGCAGACUCUUUGUAGGAUACUAAUGUUGGGAUAUAAAUGAUGCUUUGUGAACACCCCCAAAAUAUUUGAGCAAUUUUUUUUUCUCCCUUAAUAAGUUCACGGUGAUGUUUCAAAGAGCAAGAGAACUUAGUUUAAGACGUUUCAGUAACUGGAAGAUACUUCUAUCAUGCUAGGGCAGAGCAAAAGAACUCAGUACAGUAUACGGACUCAUGCUUGAAUCAUGCGCAUUAAUGUGAGUCUUUUUUUAAAGUGUUCAUUUUCAUUUGUUCAGUUUCUUUUGUCACUCAGAAAACAUGAUAUUGAGGCUGGGCACGGUGGCUCACUCCUAGAAUGCCAGCACUUUGGGAGGUUGAGGUGGGCAGAUCACUUGAGCUCAGGAGUUCGAGACCAGCCUGGCCAACAUGGUGAAACCCUGUUUCUACUGAAAAUACAAAAAUGAGCUGGGCAUGGUGGUGCGUGCCUAUAAUUAGCAGCUACUCAGGAGGCUGAAGCAGGAGGAUCGCUUGAGCAUAGGAGAUGGAGGUAGCAGGGAGCUGAAAUCAUGCCACUGCACUCCAGCCUGACUGAGUGAGACUUUGUCUCCAAAAAAAAAAAAAAAAAAGAACAUGAUAUUGAGAUGUUCUCAUUUUAUAUGUUGUAUGUCAGUCUUGCUCAUUUAUUAAAUGAGCAAAGAAUGAAACUACAGGGAUAAAUGAAUAUGUAAGACAAUCAGAUUGGUGGUAUAAAUUGAGGGAUUCUGGCUUUUUAUGUUUUAAAAGCAUAUUCAUUUUGUUUCCCAAAAUGUUAAAAAAUAUUCUUUAUUUUCUAGGAUUUAAUUUUAGCCUUUUUAAAUCUAAUCCCAUGGCCUUUUGGACUAGCACCCCUUCCUCACAGCCUGAGAGCAAAGGUAUAGAACUAGCAUUCUCAGUAUGAGAUAACAGCAGUUUUUAGCAGGUGGUAGCU